AUGUCUCAACAAUCCAACUCUUCUCCUUCCAAGAACAUGCCUUGUUCUCCUAGCGUUGAACCAAGCAACCCUAACAGAGAAGAUCCUGUUGUUGACUCUACGAAUACCCCACAUGCAAGAAGACCUAAAGAAACUGUAUCAGGCUUCUCCUUAGCCAUCGCUCUUGAGGAACGAACCAAAGAAGGUUCCAGGUAUGUUCAUAAUGCCAUUGCCAUGGUGACUGGAAUACUGUUUGGAAAUCAUAAGGUCCUUGGGGUUUCCAUUCCCUUAAACACUAUUAAAUUUGAUAGUGUUGCUUAUCAAGAAAAUACUGAGUCUUUAAGAAAGAAUAUUUCUGAUGAUGUUGAGCAAACUGAUGCUCAUAAGGAGUCAAAUGUUGACAAACCCUUAGAUAAUGUGGCUGGUGAGGAAGUUCAUGUCACUCAUGAUGUCAGUGACAACCCUAACUGUGAGGCUGAAAUAGUAGACCUGGAGGAAUUUUCUAAUAAUGAGUUGUUGUCCUCAGUCCUCCCUAGCAUAGCCAAAAGGGUUAGGACUAGGAGAGAAAAGAAAACUGUGGCUCAAAGGUCCCCCAGAAAGAAGAUUGGUGUUCCAACCUCUUCCAAGACAAAGGUGGCAGUCGAGAGUUCCCUCAAGAGGAAAGAUGUUUCGUGUAAUGUCUCUGACACUCUGUCAAAGAAGAAGCCGACCACUAGCAAGCUUGCAGCUAGUGUCCCUGAGGUACCAAUUGACAACAUAUCUUUUCAUUUUGCUUCAAGUGUAAACAGGUGGAAAUAUGUUUAUCAGAAGAGGCUGGCUUUGGAAAGGGAGUUAGCUCAGAAUGUCCUAGACUGUAAGGAUAUUAUGGACCUUAUUCAAGAGGCUGGUUUAAUGAAGACUGUGACUCAGUUCUCAAAGUGCUAUGAGAUGUUGGUAAAGGAAUUUAUUGUUAAUUUGUCUGAAGAAUGUGCUGAUGGCAAGUCUAGGGAAUUCAGGAAAGUGUAUGUGAGAGGCAAGUGUGUAAAUUUCUCUCCCUCAGUGAUCAACAAGUAUUUGGGAAGGCCUGAUGUAGCUCAACCUGAGCUUGAGAUUGGAGCUGCUAACUGGGUGCCCACCAAUCAUAAAUCUACAGUUGCUGUAAUGCUUGGAAAGUUUAUAUAUGCUGUUGGAACCAAAGCCAAAUUUGACUAUGGCUCCUAUAUUUUUUAUCAAACUUUGAAGCAUGCAGGAAGCUUCAGUGUGAAGGGUCCUAUAGCCUUUCCUUCUAUCAUCUGUGGUAUUGUUUUGAAUCAGUUUCCAAACAUCUUAACUGAGAAUGAUUCUAUGAAGAAAAGAGACAACCUUAUGUCCUUCAAUCAUAAGCUGUUCCUAGGCACCCAUGUUCUUGACAUUGUCAUGACAACAGGUGAGACAUCACGUGUAAGCAAUCAACCAGGUAAAGCUGUUGUCAUUGCAAUGCUCAAAGAAACCUGCAGGGAAUUAGAGGCAAGGAAGUUGAACUUGGAAAAAUUGAUUAGCACUUUGGAGAUGACUGAAGGUGAUGUGCUAGCUGAUGGUGGAGAAUUUGGUGAAGCUGCUGCUAUUGCAGAAGAAGAUGAAAGACAAGGUAAAGAGGGAGAAGCAGAUGCAGUCCUGAUGAUGGCACAGAAGAUGAUGAUGAUGCUGACUCUGAGUCAGAUGACUAGAACAUCUCUUGUGUUUCUGAAAAUUGCUUGUAUUUUUAUUUUCUUUUGUCAGUAA